AGAAAUUUCUAGAUGGGCACAGAGAAGGAGCUGCUUGAAUAUUCCCCUCUACUAUACAUUACAGAUAGAGAAGGCCUUUUCGGAUUACUACAGAAGAACUAUUCUGACCAGAAGAUAAAAAGACUCUUUCAUGAACUGCAGAAAUAUAACGUACUGUACUUUUGUAAAAUACUAACCGAAGAAGAGGUAGAAGAAAUGUACAUUACACCAGAUAUGAAAAAGGCAAUGCACCAAAACAGAUUUAUAGUGUGUACAAAGGACUCAGCAGAUGAGGCAUGCAUGGGAAAAAGUAAGGGUGUAGAAAUAACUGCCUAUUCAGGCUGCAACAUGACAGAAUCCUUGCACAAGAGCUUAGACAAGAUAGACUCAGACGAUGUAUGGAAAAGUAUAAACAGAACGAAAGAAGAUCUGUUAGGAGAUCUUAAGGAAACCGAAGAGUUAAAGUGCAGCAAUGAUAUGUAUGUUAGGAGGUGUUUUGAUAGCUAUUACAUGAGGAAUAGAACGUAUUUAUAUGCAGAGGAUUUAAAGGAAACAGAUGAUUUUGAUAGGAUAUUCUUAUCUGCGUAUUAUAAGUAUGUGAAUGGAGAGUAUUUGUGUGCAUUUAAUCGGGUAGAAGAGCUGCUUAGAAGAAGUACAUCUGGCGACUCGGUGCAUUUUGGAUGUAGACUUCAUCUUCUAUCUAUUGGUGCAAGCGCUGCCCACAGAUCAGGAAGCUAUUACGAUGCUGUAUGGAUGUGCAAGGCCGGGAUUCUUUUAUCAGAGAGUGUUGAGUUUACUGCUGGCGGUGAGUUCUUUAAAUCUAUGCUAGAAACAAUAGAGGCUGCUAAAGAAGAGAUAGUUUCAGAAAACGAGGCAAAGCACACUCUAAUAUCCUCUUAUGUAAAUGGACUGCUGAACAUUCCUAUAACACUUGAGGAUAAGUUUAGCAGAUGCCUUCAGUACAAAAAUGAAAUAACCCUGCUUCGAGAUGUAAAAAUAUACGAUACACGAGAGAUAGCAUGUAGUGAAAUAGGUAACCGGUCAAUUUUAGAGUAUAUUAACAAAAUAAAGGGAAUUGGGGAGAAAUGCCAAGAUAUUUCACCUAUUGUAGUGUACUCUAUUGAUGGAUGCAUUGCGUUUGGGCUGAUAUACUACAAUGAAAAGGCUAAAAUGUCUGUUAUAAAAUCUAAAAUAUAUGUAAAGACUCUUUUGGCUCGUCUUGCAAAUGUACAAAAACAGAACAGAGACGUGCUUAAAAGAGUAUGCACUACGCCAGAGCAGAAGCAGGAAUGGUGGAGAAUACGAAUUUCACUAGACAAUGAAAUAAAGAAAGAACUAACAGAAGUUGACAGGUACAUCCAAAAGUAUGCAAUAAAGGGCCAUGUAAUUAAGAAUCGGGUGGCUUUAGUAAUUGAAGACAUACUUGGCAGUGUUCCAUUUGAAAUGUGUAACUCGUUUGUUGAUCGAGGUGUGUUCCGGUGCUCAUCACUUUGCCAUAUCCUUUCAUCCUCAAAUAAAACAGAAAGUAAAGCUUUAGAGGACCACGACUUCUUCUACGUUCUAAACCCGGAAAAGAACCUCAUUCAAACAGAAGAACGUAUUGUUAAAUACAUUAACGAGUAUGUACCACAUGCAGCAGGAAUUAAAAAUAGAAUACCUCUUCCAAUGGAAACAGAACAAGCAAUUCUUUCCCACCGAAUAUUUAUGUACUUUGGCCAUGGUGGAGGCGAAAAGUUCUUUACCCCAAGGAAGCUCAGACGAAUUAUAAAAAAUGUAAAAGACACUGAGCUAAGAACAAAAAGUAUUUUUCUGUUUGGGUGCUCAAGCGCAAGGAUUUCUGCAUUCCCAAUGCACAAUACCCACAGUACGUGCAUAUCGUAUAUGCAUAUACCAGUGGUUAAAAACGUUGUGGGUGCUCUUUGGGAUAUCACUGACAAAGACUUGGACAUAACUAGCAUAGGAAUUAUGGAAGCUAUUAAAAAUCAAAAUGAACCACUUUCUGUUGCUUUGAACCGCCUUAAACGAGAAUGUAAGUUAAAGUAUCUUAAUGGUGCAGCUAUUGUAUUAUACGGCAUGGAUGAGUAAAAUGUCUAAGUUUUACAUGAGUGCUUGUUUAUAGGCAGCACACUCUUUGGUCUAGGUGUUUAUGUGUUUGUUGCAGCAGCCUUUUCUAUCAUAUAUAAAUAAAC